AUGACGGACAUCAAUCCUUCAAUUGUGUUGAAGGCUAGAAUUGCAUUACUUUCUACAUCCAUCGGUGGUCCAGAUUAUUCAUCAAAUGAGCCAACACCACAGUAUAAAUUAGGUGAUGAAGCCCUUCUCUGUUUGAAAGAUUUGAAAAGGUGGUUUAAACUAGUCGACGAUGAACAAAAUAGAUUAGAUGUAGCUAUGGCUACCGCUGAAUAUAAAAUAUUAAUCAACGAUUUGAUCCCAAUAUUAAUUGAAUGGGAAACUAAAGAAGCUCAACAUAAGACUAUUGGGCAGGGUUUAAGUGUUAGUAAGUCAUACUAUGAUAAGAUUGCAUUGCAAUCUUUGCAAUUAAUGGUCUUAAUGACAUGGCCAUUGAUUCUUACAGAUCAAUCAACUAUAAGUCAAGUUAAUAAUUAUGCUGAAGUCAAGAAAUAUCAACUUACAUAUAAGAAAGCUAUUCUAUCAACUGAAGAUGGGAAAGUGCUUAGGGCUGUUGUAAGAUUAGUAACUAAUGUAAUGAGAAUUGAUAGAAUGCAAAGAACUCCCCAUGAUAAUAUGAUAAUAAAAUUAGCUUUAAACUUUUUUAGAAAUGUGAUCGCAAUUGAACCUGGUGAAUUAACCAUAACAAAUAAAAAAAAGACUCCAAAGGGGAUCAAUGCGAUAGAUACUCUACCUCCUGGUGUAAGUAACGAUGAUAUAUCAUUGAAUUCUGUGAUAGUCAGUUUCAAUAAGAAUAAAGUCUUUAAAUUAUUAUUGACAUUAAGUAGUUCUAUGACGAAAGAAUUUGAUCAAGAUUUUAUUAAUGUACCAUUAUUAGAAAUUAUGACCUAUUUGACAAAGGAUAUGAAUCAAGACUUUUUGAUAGAGCCAUCUCUGAACAAAAACAGUGAAUCCUCUAGUACGAAUAAAAAUGAUCAUUUAAAAAGUGUUUAUUUAUCAAGACCAAAUAUUGAAUUGACAGAUCUUUUAAAGAAAGAAACCGAAAUGAAAAAAAAUUUAAUUAAGCAUACCUCGUCAAGACAUUCGAGAUUUGGUGCUAUGUUGUCUAUUCAAACUCCGAAUGGUGGUAGAUUGACUGUCUCAGGAGGUCAGAAUCUUUUAGAUGAAUCCUCAGCUAUGGAUAAAAUUGACGCUAGAAAGAAAUGGAAUAAAAGGCAACUACAAAAGCGACAAGAUCCUAUGGAAGAAGGUUUACCUGCUGGGUUUUUAAACUCAGAAAAAUAUACGGUUCCUUUAACAGACUCUACUGCAAAAUCGUUUAUAAGAUUCCUGAAUAAUUUUAUUGAUUCAAGUUUUAAUAUUCUUUUGCAUAGUAUUAAUAAUUAUUUCACUACUGAACAAGACAAGAUAGUUACCCUUGAACAAAUAGAAUAUUUAUUAUUUACAGCAUGGUUCAUCAAGUAUCAAGUCAAAAGGUGUAAUGAGGAUCCUACAGCUGACAUUGCCAUGAUUGGCGAAACAUUAAAUGAAACGUCAUAUAUUCUAGUAUGUCAAUUAUUACGUAGUUCAUUUGAUAUGAAAAAUUGGCCUGUUGUACAUGCAACAAUGAUAGCUUUCAAUGAAUUAUUACUACUCUUAAAUGAUAACACUAUUCAAAAUAGAGAAGAUUUUGAUAUUCAAUAUAUACUCAGCCGUUUAUUUAGUGAGGACAGAAUUCAUUUAUUGUCAAGUUUACCAAGAACUGCAUUUAGGCAUUCGGAACAUUAUAUGAAAAUUUGCAUUCAUUUAACACAUUCGGUUCUAAAAAUAUUAGAGAAGAACACAGCGAAUCCAUUUGUUAUUGAAGGUAAGAACAGAAAAAGUUCGAAGAAACAAAACUUAUCAGAAGAUGAUAUUAAGAAGCUAAUGGAACAUCAUAAUAUAGACAGAGAUCUUGCUAUUGAACUUUUGGUCCCACAAAAUAAAGAGAUCGAGGUUGAUUUUACUAGGGUUCAAAGCCGGUUCAUCAAUGAUGCGACAAUGGAUACUUACAUUAAUUUCUUAGAGCGAUUCCGCGAACUUGAUCACCAAUCUAUUAAACAUGCUGUUGCGUUCUUUCAUAGAAUAUUAACAAAAGCCAAAGAGGAAACAUAUCUUUUCCGUUUGGAUCUCAUUGUAUUAUUACGUGAUAUAUUGGAUAGUUCUAGUUUGGCAAAAAACUCGAAAAGCAGGAAGUACGUCGAAGAUUUCUCAAAUUACUUAUUGUAUAGAUUGAAAAAAAGAUUAAAAACAUCACCAGCGUGGUUUGUAGGAUUGUUAUUUCCAUCAUUACAUGAUAGUCAAAUUGGAUACUACCAAAGAUACGGGGAACCGAGAAGUACAUCAACUCGAAACCGUUUUGGAGUUACUCCAAGUAUCUUCAGGCCUAUUGAAGAUGAAGAAACAUUACCAAUUGCAAUUGUUAGAGAUAUGAAGGUAGGAAUUCUUGUUUCUGCAAUCAUAGAUAAUGGUGAUACUGAUAUUUUAGAAUUACUAAAGAAGAACAUCGAAGUCUGUCUUGCAUUCUAUGAUGUAGCUUUAGGAAUAGCUGAAAGUGUUGAAACUAUUCCUAAAGAAGUUGAAAAAGAAAAUUUUAAACUUCCUGAUGAAUUUAAAAAACAUCUACUUAUAAAUAAAGACUUUAGAGCACUUCUAGCCCUACUAGAAUAUAGUGUACCCCACACUGAUGAUGAUAAAUGUGUUCUUAUUUCUAAGUGUAACUACGCUCAGUUAUUGACAGAUCUUCAGUCCUUGGAGAAAUAUUUAACUACACCUUUCGAAACACCAAAUGGUAAAUCUUCGUCUUCAUACUUAAUUAGAUCUAUUGAGAACAGUGAAAAUAUAUAUGUUGAUGAAGACGGAUGGAAUGGUCAUGAGGAGUAUGAUUAUGAUGAUCCGUCUAUUAUACGGGAUGAUGAUGAAUAUUUUAAAUCACUUGACCAGAAUAUGGAUGAUAGGUUAAAGGGUAAAGAAAUGGCUAGAGGUCUAGCUAAAUCUAAGAAACUGAACCGUUCGAAAACCCCUCGUUCUAAACGUGGAAGAAAUAAGUUGCCUAUGUUUGAUGUUGAUGACAAUUCGCCUACUUCUCAAAAAGAUAGUUCUCAUAGUUUUGUUGCGAGUAGGGAGUAUAUUUCAGAUUCGGAUGACGAAGAGGAUAUGUCAACUAUAUUUUACGAAAAUGAAAUAUACCUGAGAUACCUAUUGGAAAAAUAUAACCAAAUUCUGUCACCAGCGCAGUCCUCGAUGUAUGCAAAAUUCAGAAAUGAGCGUGUUUCUAACAAUGGUACUAUUAUUAAUGUAGGUGCUUACACAGAAUUGUUUGGUGGUCCAAUUCCAACAUUACAAGAACUGCGGAAAUCUUCAACAGGCUCAACGGGACCUAAUAUGGUUUUACACGAUUUAUCAGCUAAAAAAAUGGAGGAUACUUUUAAAUCUACAGAUGGGAUGAAUUCUGAUAAGGAAAUAGCAACCACAAACCAAGAGGGUGAAACUGAAGACCUUCACCAAUCUCCUUCAGGUAAAUCUAAUGAAGAAGAAGAAGAAGAAGAUGAUGAUGAUGAUGAUGUUGGCCCUCCAAAUUAUAAAAAUAAGAAACGAAAACUCUCUGCAAUUGAUAGUAACACAGAUGAUGAGGAUGAUAAUGAUGAUGUACCAAACCCAGAUGUUUCGAAUGAUGAUGAAUCAGACACUCCAGCUUUAUUAGGAACUCAAUCUUUAAACAACUCUGAUAUUUCAAAUAAGGAUACUGUGUAUGACACUAUCAUGAAAAAUAUGGAAAAAAACGAUCAAGAAGCCUAUUAA